GGAACUGUCGCGGUUUAAUGACGAAGGAUUCAAAUAUGGAAGAACGAGAGGCACUGGAAAGAGAGAUUGAGAAGUUACAAAAUCUUAUCAAGGACCACAAGAGAGCUCAUGGUGAUGUCCCGUUAAGUUCGUCUCAGCGGUUUUCUACAAAACAUGGCCUGGGAAGAAGUCGAAGCAACAACCCAUAUUACGUUCCCUCAUAUUCACAUCAGCCGCAGCUGUAUGCACCUCACUCUUCUAGCCAAUGGAGUAAAAAAUACUCGCUCAAUAACAAGAGCAUCAGAGCUCCUGGAGGAAGAUCCUCACAGAUCUCUGAGGCAAAUCCAAAAAACACUGGACAAGUCCAAGGUGCGGCAUCUGACGCUUGCUCUCUCUCUUCUGGCGUCAGUAAGGUUUUACACAAGGGGAUGAGUACAACGAGGACAGUGCCUUCAUGCAGCGUCAUGGGAAAGGAGUCGUCGCUAGGGAGUAACAAAGUCCCAGCUGAUGGUGGGGGCAAGAAAAUAUUAAAACCUACAAGGACUAAUAUCGAGUCCAUGGCAGACCCAGCGGAGUCGGCUUUGUUAAAGCGUGAACAACAGAGUGGACUUAACGUGAAGAUGAGACAAAGUGCAAUGUCAGAUCUAAGUUGUUCAGCUACUUUACUUGUUCCUUUGUCUGGUGAGUCCAGUGCCUUUAAGAAAAAGCAGGCUGUACUGCCUCAAGGGAAAUCGUCCCUCAGAAGCAAUGUAGUAAUAAUGCCUACUACCGACUCGCCGCCUCUGACUUCCUCAACGCCGACAUCGAAAGUCAGGCUUGAAGCAGGUUCUGCUCCAGAGGUUCAGCCGGCUUUGUCUCCUCGUAAGAAAUCACGGUUCACCUGGGUGAAGAGCCAAUCGACUGAGACCAGCCAAAAAGAAUCCGAGAUGCUUAAGUUUUCACCAAGCUCACUUUCAGCGUCUACUGCUUCCCCAGUGGUGGCCAAGCACACCCACACUUCGAGCAAGAAGCUUCAUCGCAAGCUCGCUUUAUCCCCCAGCACCCUAAGGACCUCAAAGUACUCUUGGGUGUCGGCUUCCUGUUCCCCUACAGCAGCCGCCAAAUCGCCCGUAGCUAACCUCCCAUACAAGCUCUUUUCACCCAAAGCUCUUAAGGUGCCUGGAAAAACAGUAAAGGAGGGAGUCGAAGGUAAGAAACUCCCCACUGCCGCUGUCCUAUCAAAGAGGGCUAAAGUCAGUGGAGGUGCUUCGACUUCUCAUGCGAGUCACGGCAGUCGCUACAGCUGGAAGGCAGUCGCAGCAACCUCUGCUACGGUUGUGCGUUCGUCCACGCCGAAGUCUUCUCGAAAGAGCUCGGUGUAUCGAUGGACUGCGCAGGAGGACAAAAAGGAUUUGGUGUCUCGAGUCCCACACAGUCCUUCUUCUCUUCUGUCCAGCAGUGGAUUCAAGCUGAGGAGCAGAACCAAGAUCAUCAGGCGUUGCAGCAACAGUCCUGCUUCAGAGAGGAGACCUAGUGUUGGUGUAGUGACAGUCAGGAGUCAGUAUUCAUUGCGCAGGAGGACACACAUUCCUGUUAAGAGCCCCAGCGGUGCCAGACGAGGCCAGUCCAGAGUGCUCGUCUCAUUGGGUCGUCAUAAACUCCGGUGCCUCUCUCCAUCCAGCUUCGUCGCUGCUCCAUGGAGCUCAAGAACAGGUAUGGCUAUGGAUGUUCACGGCCCAUUCUCUCCGUCAGUCCGGAAUCCGGCAUCUCACAGGGUCAUUAAUACCCGCUACAAGCUCGACACACGUAGGGCACACCUCCAGCACCACAGCCCCGCCCUUUCCUACAGAGUCAAGAGAGUCCAGUCAGCCAGAUUUCUGUUGCAGUCUCGACUGCGUGCGACACCAGACGGGCAGUGGAGAGGGCGGGGCAUGCGGUGGAUUGGCGGAGCGCUCUACAGAGUCUCGGCCAAUAAGCUUUCCCGCACACAUACUCCUUGCACACCGUCCAACAUAUCAGAAAAGUUGUUCAGUCCUCAAGAUUUAAGCUUCGGCAGUAGCACAUGUAGGACCUCCAACACACGGUAUGUGGCCAGUCGGGCGGUGCAGAAGAGCCUGGCUAUCAUCCGCCAUGCUCAGCAGAAGAAACAGCAGGCCAAAAACUACUGCAUGUACUACAACCGCUUCGGCAAGUGUAACCGUGGCAAAGCCUGCCCAUACAUCCACGAUCCGGAUAAAGUUGCCGUUUGCACCAGGUUUCUUCGGGGGACGUGUAAGCAGACAGAUGGAACAUGUCCAUUCUCGCACAAAGUGUCCAAAGAGAAGAUGCCUGUGUGUUCGUACUUCCUGAAAGGAAUCUGCAACAACAGUAGCUGCCCCUACAGCCACGUCUACGUGUCUCGCAAAGCAGCCGUGUGUCAAGACUUCAUCAGGGGCUACUGUCCUCAGGGAGAGAAGUGUAAGAAGAAACACACGCUCGUGUGUCCGGACUUCUCCAGAACUGGUGUGUGUCCUCAAGGGACUAAGUGUAAACUGCAGCACAGACAGAGGGUCAAGCGUUCUGGAUCCAACCUGAGCUCGGGCUCAAGCAAAAGAGCACGCAGCCGCGAAGCAACAAAAAGUCCCAGGCGAGAACCAGAGUCCACUCCAGCAGAGGAGGGCACACCUAAGAGCGGUCCUGAAAAGCUGCCAUCCUUCAUCUCUCUGUCCAGUUCCCCAGAGACCCCAGAGUGUAGUGUGGGCCCUUCAUGCCCCCCUGGAGCAGGGGCAAAGGGCACAGGUAAGAAGCUGCACAUCAAACCUCGCUUCCUGAGCCAAAAGUGAAGCUGGAAACCCUCUGCAGUUCCUUCAACACAUGAUGAUCGCUAAGCAGGCGGAGUGCUCUGGCUCAACUGGGGCAAGUUUGACUUGUGACUGCCAGAAAAUAUCCAGAAAAUUUCUUCUAAAUGAUUAAUAACUGUACAUGUUACAGCAAUCACAUUGCUGAUUCUUAGCAGUAUAGGAAGUACGCUCGAACUGAUACUGCAGGUAAGUGAUCAAUGUCCAACUGUUUGACUCGUAACAUGUUUGAAUCCAGAUCGUUUCAUCACCAAGCUUAUUUUUGUCUUUUUAUCAAAUUUUUUUUUUGAUUCAGUAUUUAAAGCACUGCAGGUGCCUUUUUUAAGGUCCUGCAUCUCAGGGACCUUUUUUUUUUUUUUGUGUGUGUGUGUGUGUGUGUGUGUGUGUGUGUGUGUGUGUGUGUGUCACUUUUAAACCAUUAUAACAUCUCAGUUGUUUGUAUUUGAGAAAAAAAUGUAUUUUAUUGCAUAGUAUUUAAGUUUGUGGUUUUAUUUCUACUUUAAAACAGAAACUUAAACAUUUCCAAAUAAAGAUGUUGAUCCUCA